AUGCACAAUCAAAAUGUGACGAAACGUUGUCGACGCAUAACAAACGAAUUCGAUGAUAAUGGCAUUGCUGGCUCACAAAAGGUAUGUAAUUCGCAGACAAAACUUCGAGAUUUUUUCCGAGACCGAGAAGAUUUGCUUAAAUAUGAAGCGGAAACAAGUUUUGCGGCUGACAUUAAACUGACCGACAACGAACAGCUUGCAAACAAAAUUAUUAUGAAAGCCAAAGAGGAUGAAUUUCAAGCGGGUUUAUUCCAGCCACACCAAUUCAAUCCAGCACGUCAUAUUUUCGAAGCUUUGAAUGACAUCAAACAAUCGAAACUGUUUCAAAUCAUACAAAAAAUGCCAAAGGGUGGCAUUUUACACGCGCACACUAAGGCUUUAUGCUCCACAAGCUAUGUGGUUUCAUUAACUUAUUGGCCGAAUUUGUGGCAACGGACGUCAACCAACAACAGCAAUGACAUUUUGGAAUUUGUAUUUUCGCGUAAUCAACCGACAAACGAUGAUAAUGAUUCGACAUGGCGUCUCGUUGGAGAUGCCCGAACUGAAAUUGGUGCUGAGAAAUAUGAUGAAAUUAUACGCAACAUGUUUACGCUGUUCGAUAAAAAUGUCAACCCACUUAUACAAUUUAAAGACGUUAACGAUGUGUGGAGUCAUUUUGAGGGUAUAUUCAAUAAGUUGUGGCCGAUUCUUGAAUAUGCACCAGUUUUUAAGGCCCACUACAAGCAUGCACUCACAGAAAUGCAGGCGGAUGGUGUUCAAUAUUUGGAAUUCAGAGGUCACGUGUCCAAGCUCUACGAUUUGGAUGGUAAUAAAUACAAUGAAGAGGAAAUAAUGGAAAUGUAUGUUGAAGCAUUGGAUGAAUUCAAGCGUGAUAAUCCAUCGUUUAUUGGCUCGAAAUUCAUAUAUUCACCACUCAAAAAAAAUUCUAAUAAGACGAUAGCAAAAUAUAUUGACAUCGUUAGUAGGGUAGCUAUGUACGUUCUGGCGCACUAUUGA